GUCUGCCGCGCUCUGCAUUUAGAGCCUUUUUGCGUUUCCACCAACCCAGCAAUUGCAACCUAAAUUCCGUUUACACAGGGUUUAAGACUGCUAAAACGAUAUUUUUGGUCUAUUCUCGCCUUUGGUCGCAGGAAUCUUAUCUCGUGACACCUGACGGACACGACAAAGGUGUUGUUCUUUAGAUCUAUUGUUUGCUGUGCACUUACAAUGGAACAUACCAACGCAAAGCGAGUUUACGAAAGCUACUCGGACGUGAUAGGUGAUGAAUACCAUGUAUACAAAGGCAUUCCCUUCCCGGGACAUCAUGUGCCUGCUGAAAGGUUGGAAAGAGUUCCAAACUUCGAAGUUAGAGCUGAUGAUAUUCUGGUUUGUGGGUACAUGAAAUCAGGUAAUCACUGGCUGAAGGAAAUCGCAUCACUCAUAGUUCAUGGUCACGACUCGGACAGAGUGAAAGAGAACAUAUUCAUGAGAGCCCCAUUCUUGGAGGUGUCUCCAAAAGUCAUGGGUGAUUCGCUGACAAACUUGACCAACCUACCAAGAAACGGACCCAGAAUAAUGGGUACACAUUUGCGAGCCAGCUUAUUACCGCACGGGGUGACGAAAGAGCGCAAGGGCAAGGUGAUAUUUCUGAUUCGGAAUCCGAAGGACAUAGCUGUCAGCAUGUACCACUUUCACAGAAUGAACCGAAACCUGGGCUUGUAUGAAGGAACAUGGGCGCAGUUCUUUCAGUGGUUUUUGAACGGGGAAGUUGUAUUUGGAUCGUGGUUUGACUAUGUGCUUGACUGGAUUCAGUUCCUGCAGCAGAACAGAUAUUUUGUGCGUGAAAUAUGAAGACAUGGUUCAGAAUCUGGGAAAGGAAGUGAAAAGGAUCGCUGAGUAUUUAGGAUAUUCUGUUAGCCUUAAGGAGCAAGAGGAAAUAGCCGCUCGGUGCACUUUUGCAUCUAUGAGUAAGAACCCUGCGGUCAACUUGGAGGAUGCCCCUUUCUUUGAUGUGACAAGAUCUAAGUUCUUGAGAAAAGGUGAGGUUGGAGACUGGAAGAACUACUUUACAGUGCACCAGAACGAACUGUUUGACAAGGCCUAUCAGAUGAAUAUGGAAGGCGCCGAGCUUUAUUUGGGAUUAGGCUACCAUUGAGAGCCUACCUAAAACAAGCAGAUGCACUUCUCAUCAGUUUGCUGACGAAUAUAAAAAUUAUUGGUAUUAGAAAUUCAAAACGUAUAUACAUAUAAUUCAUUUAACGUUAUAACAUUUAACUAGCAAUUAUUAUGCAACGGGAGAAGGGGUGUACUCGACACUGGCAGGGUGGACCGACCAUUGAUUCUUCGUUUCCAUAAAUGCUGAAGCCUUGCUUUGUAAAACUAGACGUUGAGGACCGAAUAUGGUCUACCUCUGGUUCUCUUUCAAAGAUACACCUGCAAGGCCUUUAAGAGAAAACACCAAAGUUAUAAUAUCAAAGGGCAAGAACGUUUUAAGAUUUACUUUAAAAAAUCAUUGUCUUUGUAAUCUCAUUAGUCCCUUUCAUUAGAAAUGAUUAAGGUUUUUAAUC